GCACAUUCACACGAGCGAAAAGUCGAGCAGUCAGUGAGGCAAUGUCCACUUCGAGGCAGGCGGCACAGCGUUUGCUCAGACAGGCGAUCUCCGCAGAGGCAAAGACUCGUACCUCUGUCGGUGUCUUGCACGCCAAUGCUUGUCGGCCGAAUUUGCCGGGGUCAGAGCCGGUAGCAAGCUCGAGUCAUAGCCAGACGAGGCGCUACAGCUUGCUCGCCAAGCCGGCCGGUAGCGACAGCACACAUCGAGCAGCAUGCACGUGCGCGGAGCAGAAGCGUUUCAGCAGUCGACCGGCAGAGGCACCACCGAGUCAUAGCGCGCCCACAAAGCGCAAAGUGACUCUUCUCGAUAUCGCCAAAGCCAAAGAACGCGAAGAGCCCAUCACAGUCAUCACAGCGCACGAUUAUGCCUCUGCGAGCUGGGCAGAGCGCUCACAGGCCGUCGACAUCACGCUCGUCGGCGACUCGCUCGCCAUGGUCGCCUGUGGCUAUCAAUCGACGACGGAGAUCACUCUCGACGAGUUCUUGUACCAUUGUCGCGCCGUCGCACGAGGUACAAAGUCGAGCCUGCUCGUUGCGGAUAUGCCAUUUGGCACCUAUCACGAGUCAGACGACAUAGCCGUCAAGAAUGCGGUCAGAAUCAUACAAGAAGGUCAUAUGGAUGCUGUUAAGAUCGAAGGCGGCGCAGAAGUAGCAGAUCUCGUUCGAAGAUUGACAAACUAUGGCAUCCCCGUCAUGUGUCAUAUCGGUUUGACACCACAACGUCAGUCCGCCCUGGGAGGCUAUCGCGUGCAGGGCAAGACUUCGCAAUCGGCGAUGAAGAUAUACACAGACGCGAAACGCUUAGAAUGGGCCGGCGCCUUUGCAGUCGUUCUCGAAGCCAUCCCAUCGCAGCUUGCUAGCUAUGUGACGCAGAAGCUAGACGCGAUGGCAACGAUUGGCAUAGGUGCUGGCUCUGGCUGUUCCGGUCAGGUUCUCGUCCAGCUGGACAUGCUGGGCGGCUUUGACCGCUUCGUACCACGCUUUGCGAAGCAGUAUCUCAAUGUCGCAGAGCUCGCCUCUUCGGCCAUCAAGACUUACAGCCAAGAGAUCAAGACGCGAAAGUUUCCAAUCGAAGGUACCCAUACCUAUCCGAUGAAGCUCUCGGAGUGGGAAGAAUUCCUUGAUCAUGCCAUUAGCUUUGACGAGGAGCUCGAAGCAAUGGACGAGAAGAUCAAAGAGCAAGCCUCAAAGAUGGUAUGAGCGAGCACAACCGUAUAGAACCUGCGUGCAUAUGCAUACUGGGACAACACGAUCCAAAAUAU